UAACUAUUUCUUCUUCUAUAUCAAAGCCACGUUGACCAUUCAGAUUUGUUUCCCCGUUUGAGCUCCCAUAUACUCACUUUCACUACACAUUUAACCUUAGAUGAUUGAAGAUAGAUACUAUGGCUACUGCUGAAAAAAAUAGGGCUCCAUAUGGAUCAUGGAAGUCACCUAUCACUGCAGAUAUCGUCUCGGGUUCUGAUAAACGCCUUGAAGGCUUCACUGUAGACUCUCAUGGCCACUUAAUAUGGCUGGAGACUCGCCCUGCUGAGUCUGGACGAGCUGUGCUUGUUAAACAAUCAGGGGAAGAUAUUACACCUAAAAACUUCAAUGUUCGAAACACUGUUCAUGAAUAUGGUGGUGGGUCUUUUGGGGUUUCUGGAGAUGUACUUGUUUUCUCCAAUUUUGAUGACCAGAGAUUGUACAAACAGAUCCUCACCUCUUCAGAUUUAGGUCCAGUGCCCAUAACUCCAGAUUAUGUGGGACCUCAUGUAAGAUAUGCUGAUGGGGUCUUUGAUAGUCGUUUAAACCGCUAUAUUGCUGUAAGAGAAGAUCAUCGAGGGGUUGAUGCAAAGCCAACUAAUGAGAUUGUGAGUGUUACUCUUAAUGAUAACACCACUGAAGAACCAAAAGUCUUGAUUAGUGGGAAUGAAUUCUAUGCAUUCCCACGGGUGGACGUGAAAGGGGAACGUUUGGCCUGGAUAGAAUGGAGCCACCCUAACAUGCAUUGGGAUAAAUCAGAGCUUUGGGUUGGGUAUAUAUCUGAGAGCGGAGACAUCGAGAAGCGAGUAGUAGUUGCUGGUGGCUGUCCUACUCUGGUGGAAUCGCCAACUGAGCCUCUAUGGUCGUCCAAAGGGGAAUUGUUUUUCAUAACAGACAGAAAUACAGGGUUUUGGAACAUAUACAAAUGGGUUGAAGAUCAAAAUGAGGUCCUUGCAAUUUACUCUUUGAACGCUGAGUUCACAAGACCAUUUUGGGUUUUUGGAAAUCGAUGUUAUGACAUCAUUGAGCGGAAAGAGGAAUCAACAAUUAUUGCGUGCAGCUACAGGCAACAUGGAAAGUCAUAUCUUGGUGUUAUAAAUCAAGCUAAGAACUCUUUCUGUUCAGUUGAUAUUCCAUUCACUUACAUAUCAAAUAUUGUCGCAAGUGGACAGAUCCUUUACAUUGAGGGUGCAUCUUCUGUUCUUCCUACUUCUUUAGCAAAGGUGAUACUAGAUGAUCAUAUGUCAAAUGUUGUAGAUUUCAGUAUCAUGUGGUCAUCUUCUUCAGACAUUGACAAGUACAUACCAUAUUUCAGCCACCCAGAGUUUAUUGAAUUUCCAACAGAUGUGGCUGGUCAAAAUGCCUAUGCAUACUUCUAUCCUCCAUGUAAUCCAGAAUAUAAUGGUAGUCAAGAAGAAAAACCUCCACUGUUGCUAGAAAGCCAUGGAGGGCCAACAGACGAGGCACGUGGAACCUUAAAUCUUAGCAUCCAAUAUUGGACUAGUCGAGGAUGGGCAUUUGUGGAUGUCAACUAUGGAGGAAGUACGGGUUAUGGUAGGGCAUACCGAGAACGCCUUUUGGGAAAGUGGGGAAUCGUUGACAUCAAUGAUUGUUGCUCUUGUGCUAAAUAUUUGGUGGAUGAGGGGAAGGUUGAUGGAAAGCGCCUUUGCAUAACUGGGUGUUCUGCUGGCGGUUACACAACAUUAGCCUCUCUUGCUUUCAGAGAUACAUUCAGAGCUGGCGCUUCUUUAUUUGGAAUUGCUGAUUUGAAGUCAUUGAGUGAUCAUAUGCACAAAUUUGAAUCCCACUAUAUCAUUAAUCUUGCUGGUAAUGAAAUCGCUUUAAAUGAGCGGUCUCCUAUCAACUUUGUUGAUCGAUUCUCUUGCCCCAUAAUAGUGUUCCAAGGAUUAGAAGACACGGUUGUCCAGCCAGAACAGGCCCGAAAAAUCUACCAGGCCUUGAAGAAAAAGGGGUUACCUGUGGCUCUCGUGGAAUAUGAAGGAGAAUCUCAUGGAUUUCGUAAGGCAGAAAGCAUAAAAUACACUCUUGAGCAACAAAUGGUGUUCUUUGCUCGAACAGUUGGACAUUUUGCAGUGGCUGAUGAUAUAACUCCCACACACAUUGACAACUUUGAUUAAGUACAACCAGUAUCGCGCUGUCCUCAUGAGGUGAGAAUGAGAACUCCAGUUGCCAUUUCCAUCAAAUGUUGGAUUCCGCCACUCAAUAAGGAACUUGUAGUUCGCCCUUGUCCACAUCUCCCUAUAGAUGGUGCUAAAGAAUAAAUACUUUGGACUAUGGUGUGUUGUUAACCAGACAAUAAACACAAAUCCUUUUUUGUUGUUGGAGUUGAACCUGUGAAUUCAAUAAGGAAUAUGUUUAAUACGAAGUCAUUUGGAUCUGA